AUGGCUCUCGCUCGCCCAGCUGCUAAGCUUCCGCCUGGUGCUAAUCGAAUCCUCUUCGUGAAAAAUCUGAAUUACACAAUCACGGGAGAAGACUUGUAUGACCUCUUCGGCCGCUAUGGUAGUAUUCGCCAGAUUCGUAUCGGCAAUGAGCAAAAGACACGGGGAACAGCCUUUGUCGUCUUCGACGAUGUCAUGGAUGCCAAGAACGCACUCGAUCACCUGAACGGUUUCCAUCUGCAAGAGCGGUACAUUGUAGUUCUGUACCAUAUGCCUGCAAAGCAGGAUGCGGCUGCCGCAAAAGCCGAUCUAGCCCGCAGAGAGGAAGAACUGGCUCAGCUCAAGAAACAUCACGACAUCAAAGACGAGGAUUGA